AUGGAAUUUCCAUCAUUGGAGGAGGUCUUCGAGUUCUAUAAUCAAUAUGCACGUGAAUCCGGCUUUAGUGCAAGAUUAGGCAACAGUAAGAAGAAUAAGCGGACAAAUGAAGUUGGAUGGAAACAAUUUGUAUGCUUUAAAGAAGGACAUACAGAUGAAAAACGGAAAAAAGUUGCUCAAGUUGACAGUGUAAAGGAAAGAGCACGUGGGGAAGUAAGGACUGGAUGUAGGGCAAAACUAUCACUUGUUAAAGAACAAACCGGGGCAAAUUGGAUUGUCACUAAAUUCUUGGAAAGUCAUAAUCAUCCACUCUCAACACCUUCGAAGGUGCAUUUACUCCGCUCACAUCGCCAUGUUUCUGAAGCCAAGAAAGUUUUGACGCAGCAGUUUGCAGAAGCUAAUAUCCCAACUUGUCAACAAGUCCGAUUAUUGGAGAUAGAUUCCGGAGGCCCUGAGUUUCUAGGUUGCACGGAACGGGAUAUUAGAAACUUUGAGAGAGAGUUAAGGGAUAAACAAAAGGGAAUUGACGCAGAAACACUGAUUGAGUUUUUUGCGACUGAGAAAGAGAAGAAUUCCGCCUUUUUGUAUGCUUAUGAGAUUGAUUCAACAGGAAGAUUCACUAGGUGUUUCUGGGCGGAUCAUGUAUCAAGGAGGGCAUACAGCGUCUUUGGUGAUGCUGUUGUAUUUGAUAGAACCUAUAAUACCAACAAAUAUGGGUUGAUUUUCGCACCCUUCAUAGGAGUUAAUCAUCAUCAUCAGAGCAUCGUAUUCGGUUGUGCCUUUUUAAAUGAUGAGAAAACUGAGUUGUUUGUUUGGUUGCUUACAAAGUUCAUUGAAGCAAUGCCUAAAGGUCCACCAACUGUGAUUAUCACCGAUCAAGAUCCAGUGUUGACGAAGGCCAUUGGCCAGGUUUUACCUCAAACAGUGCAUCGGCAUAUGUUAGCAUUUUUCCAUAUCAACCAAGUGUUUCUACUGCCUUAUAAGUACAUACUCAACCAAUGGACAAGAAAUGCCAAGGUGGGGGCAAUCUAUGACUUUGGUGCGCAAACUUCCAUCGACACUCCAGAUGCGAAGUUGAUGGCAAGACACUCUAGGCUAUCCUAUAAAGCUUCAGUAGUUUUUGAUGUUGCAUCUUUAACUGAUGAGGGGACAAACAUGUUGGACGAUCAAUUCGAUUGUAUAUACAGUAAACUUCAAGAUCUUAACAUUAGCAGUAAAAAUGACAACCAAAGUCAAAGAAACCAAAAGCAUCGAUGA